AUGCGUCAUUCCGUUCUUCUUCCUGCAGCUGCGCUGUUUUCUCAAGCUUUUGCUCAAUUCAACCAGCUGGCAGUGGCAAAAGGCCUUACUUACUUUGGUACGGCGACUGAAAAUGGAGAGCUGAGCGACACUCAAUACACCGCAAUCCUCGACAACAGUACCGAAUUUGGACAACUUACACCUGCAAACGCCCAGAAAUGGGAUUCUACUGAGCCUUCUCAAGGAGUUUUUACUUUUACCAAGGGCGACGUCGUCCCGGCACGUGCGAAAGCUAACGGCCAGCUGUUGAGAUGUCAUACUCUUGUUUGGUACUCACAGCUACCGAGUUGGGUAUCUGCCGGUACUUGGACAAAUGCUACUCUCACGGAAGUCAUGAAAAACCAUAUCACCAAGGUUAUGACUCAAUACAAGGGACAAUGUUACGCUUGGGACGUUGUAAAUGAGGCUUUCAACGAGGACGGUACCUACCGCGAAAGCAUCGGCCCCGAAUACAUCCCCAUAGCCUUCCAAACCGCUUCUGAAGUCGACCCAGAUGCAAAACUCUACUACAACGACUUCAACAUCGAGUCCUCCGGCGCAAAAUCCACCGCCGCACUCAAUGUCGUCAAAGACCUCAAAGCAAAAUCCAUCCGCAUCGACGGCGUCGGUAUGCAAGCCCACUUCAUCGUCGGUUCCACCCCAUCUCUCUCCGCCCAAACCACCAACCUUGAUUCUUUCACCGCCCAAGGCGUCGAAGUCGCCUACACCGAACUGGAUAUCCGCCAUUCUUCUGUCCCUGCCUCCGCUGCGCAGCUCGCUACCCAAGCAGAUGACUAUGCUAAUACGGUCAGUGCUUGUCUGGCCGUAACAGGCUGUAUUGGUAUCACGAUCUGGGAUUUCACCGAUAAGUAUUCGUGGGUCCCGUCGGCUUUUAGUGGUGCGGGAGAGGCGUUGCCUUAUAAUGAGGACUUUAGCAAGAAGCCUGCGUAUGCGGCUAUUGUUAAGGUUUUGGGUGGUGCGGCGACGGGGGCGGCGACGAAGGUUGUAGAUGCUGCAGUCCCCACCUCUGUAGUGAGCUCGACAGCAGUUCCUGUAAUCAGCGCGAACUCAACUGUCCUUUCGUCCACCGCGGCAGCUUCGACAAAGGAUUCUUGCAAGUCUAAAGCAGCUACCACGCUUUCUACCGCUGUCUCUCAAGUCACAUCCGCUGUUGCGGUCCCCACCACCACACCAUCCACAAACUCUACCACCCCAGCUACCGGCACAGUAGCGAAAUACUAUCAAUGCGGUGGGACUGGUUAUACUGGCUCCACAUCGUGUGUGGCUGGAACGACGUGUACGGUGCAGAAUGAGUUUUAUUCGCAGUGUUUGUGA